UAAACUAUCAAAAGGGUUAGGGUUAGUCAACAUCUCAAACCCUUCUAAGAUGAAGACCUUCAGCGUUGCAGUUGCAGUGGCCGUCAUGCUCACCUUUAUUUGCAUUCAAGAGAGCUUUGCCGCAGUCAGUGAAGUGCAAGUACAGGAGGAGGUGAUGAGCAAUGACAGUCCAGUUGCAGCACAUGAAGAGACAUCUGUGGAGUCAUGGAUGAUGCCGCAUAACAGCAGACAGAAACGCAGGCCUAAGUGUCGCUUUUGCUGCGGCUGCUGUCGCAGAGGUGUCUGUGGAUUGUGCUGCAAGUUCUGAGGAUUCCUGCACCAACAACCACUACAUCAUCA